CUUCCCUUGGGACUUUCCAGCCCGUCCAGGAAGCUCGUCGGACCGAAGAGGAGGCGACGCCGUGGAUCGGGCCAUCUCCUCGUCCCUCGCCGGGAGGCCGGACUUCCCAUUUUGGAGCCCGUCGGCAUGGCCUUCUAAAGUCCAUGUGGCUACCGGCUUGGAAUCAGGUGCUUAGGAAAAUGCAAAGGCGACACAGCAGCAACACGGAUAAUCUUCCUCCUGACAGAAGCCGCAGCCAGGCGCUCAGCGCGGAGACCAGCGUGGAUGAAGGAGGCGUCUUCGAAGGGCUGAAGGCGGAAGCGCCCCCGGCCCCGCCGCCGCUGUUCUCCGGCCAGUCGGGCCUGCUGCUGGCCGCCCCGUCGGGCCGGGGCGAGGUGUUCAUCCCCAUGGCCGCCCCCCACGGGGAGGACAGGCCCGGCCGGGCCGAGCCGGGGCCUUACCCCCCGCCUCACCACCGCCCGCCGCCCCACCGCUUCCAGCACGGCCCUCACCGGGCGGGCGGCCUCCUCCACGGGGCCGCCGACCGCCACGGGGCCCCCGAGGAGGGCGGCGGGCCGGGGGGCGACGAGCAGGCCGGACCCCCGGCCCCGGCUCUCUCGGAGCUGAAGGCCGUGGUCUGCUGGCUCCAGAAAGGGCUCCCCUUCAUCCUCAUCCUCCUCGCAAAGGCCUGCUUCCAACACAAGCUGGGCAUCGCCGUGUGCAUCGGGAUGGCCAGCACUUUCGCCUACGCAAAUUCCACGCUCCGCGAGCAGGUGUCCCUGAAGGAGAAGAGGUCGGUGCUCGUCACCUUCUGGAUCUUGGCCUUCCUGUCGGGAAACACCCUGUACGUUCUCUACACGUUCAGCUCCCAGCCGCUGUAUAACAGCCUGGUCAUCCUGAAGGCCAACCCGGAGAGCCCGGACUUCUUCGAGCUGCUGUGGAUCUUGGGGAUCGGCGAUUUCAUCCUCAAGUACAUCACCAUCGCGCUCAAAUGCCUGGUGGUGGCUUUACCCAAGAUCCUCCUAGCCGUCAAGUCCAAGGGCAAGUUCUACCUGCUGAUCGAAGAGCUGAGCCAGCUGCUGCGGUCCCUCGUGCCCAUCCAGCUGUGGUACAAGUACAUCCUAGGCGAUGGCCCUUCCGGCAGCUACUUCCUGGGCGGCGUCCUCAUCGUCCUCUACAGUCUCUGCAAGUCGUUCGACAUCUGUGGCCGCGUGGGGAGCGUCAGGAAAGCGCUGAAGUUUCUCUGCACCCCCCAGAGCUAUGGGGUCCGAGCCACCAGUCAGCAGUGCAAUGAAGCCGGGGACGUCUGUGCCAUCUGCCAGGCUGAGUUUCGGGAACCUUUGAUCCUCCUAUGCCAGCACGUCUUCUGCGAGGAAUGCCUCUGCCUGUGGUUCGACCGCGAGAGGACGUGCCCGCUGUGCCGCUCAGUCGCCGUGGAGACCCUGCGCUCCUGGAAGGACGGAACCACCUCGGCCCACCUCCAGGUGUACUAGGCCCCGGGCCCCUCUGAGGCCGAGCGGGCCUCCCCUCUCCCUCGGCGCCUCGGCUUCCCUCCCCUCCGUGUCUGCCCCGGGGGUCUCCGCUUCCUCCUGCUCCUUGGAGCCUCCAGGAGGAGUCCGGGAAGACGGCCAGCCCCAAGUGUUUGGAGUUAGAAUCCUUGUUUCCACCCUGUCCUGAACACUUUUCUUCCUCUCUCUGACUCUCUGUGUCUCUCUUUCCUCUCUCCUCCUCUCUCCUCUGUCUUGUCCCUCUUCC